ACACAACACAAUGACAGUUAAUUUUUAAAAAAGCUCUUCUAAUCUCCACGUUUUAGUCUAGAUCAGAUAUAGAUUUAUAAAUUAAUAACAAAUUUUUAAAUAUUCAAAUAUAAAUAAUUUAAAUAAAUAUAACAAUAAUGUCAGCAGAUAAUUUAUCAUUUGUAUCGAUGCUCGUAGACAUGGGAUUCUCCAAAUCUCGCUCCGAGAAAGCUCUCAAUGCUACCGGAAACGUUGGAGUCCAACCUGCUAUGGACUGGUUAUUUUCGAACCCCGAAGAUGAAAUUUCUGAAACGGGAACAAAUCCAGCUGACAAUAGUCAGCCAACACCAGAAGCAUCUUCGUCGGGAGCACAAAGUAAUUCUAAGACUGAACCCGCCACUGAAAACCAGGAAGCGAAAUCACUUAAAUGCGACGUAUGUGGGAAAUUAUUCAAAUCCUCACUAGAAGUUGAAUAUCACGCGACAAAGUCUGGUCAUGACAGUUUCUCGGAGAGUCUUGAAGAAAAAAAACCGCUUACUGAAGAGGAAAAGAAAGAAAAGUUGAGGCAACUGGAGGAAAAAAUGCGACAGAAGCGAAAAGAAAGGGAGGAAAUGGAAAAACAAGAGAUGGUUGUUAAAGAAAAGAUGAGAAUUAAGUCGGGAAAAGAAAUGGCUGAAGCGAGGAAAAAAAUGGAAGAGUUGGAAAUGAAAAAAUUAAUAGAACAGCGUAAACGUGAAAAAGAAGAGGACAGACUCGCCCGUCAAGCGAUAAGAGAAAAAAUAGAAGCUGACAAAGCGGCUCGUCGCGCAAAAGCAGCCGCUGAUUUUGGAAAUCUAGUUCCUGCUCCUGCUCCGGCUCCAGUUCCUGUAGCAGCUCCAGCUCCGGCACCCGCAGCUCCUAAACGCGAAUACACCGAAACUAGACUGCAAAUCCGACUGACCAACGGUGAUACGCUCACCCAAACCUUCGGAGCCAAGGAGCAGCUGUCCGCCGUCCGACUCUACAUCGAAAUAAACCGAACAGAUCCCCCAGGUCCAUUCAAUUUAUUGACCAGCUUUCCAAGGAAAAUUUUCUCCGGUGACGACUAUGACGCACCACUAGACGUUCUUGGUCUUGUACCAUCAGCUGUCGUAAUUGUUCAGAAGAAAGUCGAGUGAUAAUUAUUUUUUUUAUAAUUACGAUACGAUAAUUUUAAUAAUAAUUAUAAUAAUAAUGAUAAUGAAAAUAAUAAUGAUUAUGUUGGGGAGUUGCAGUUUUGUAAGUAAUUACUUUUUAAACAAAUUUUUUUUAGUGACGUUUAAAUAUAAAACUGCAUGGUUUAUUAUAAAUAAGUGCGCCAGUGACAUUUAUACAUAAUAUUUAAGUCAUAGUAAUUUUCUAUGAUGAUUUUAAAUGGAUUAACAUUCAAAUUAAUAAAUCCAAAGAUGGCAUAUAUUUAUUUUAUUUAUUUUUUUUAUUGAUAUACUCCAGUCAACUACCCGCCAUAAGCCUGCCCAUAAAUCUCUCUCCUUAAUCGGCAGGUACUGAGUCCAAACAGCACCACUUAACCACUUUUUUGAGUUUCGUAGCAGACAUCCCGUUAUAAGCCUCCGUUAAAAUUACAUAAAUUAUAAACUAACAAUAGCAACAAAAUAUAUAAAUUAAUUAUGAAAAUUUACUAUCGAUCUUUCGCGGAUAAUAAUUUUAUAAAUAUUAAGUUAAAUAUUAUUUAUUGGUGAUAAUUGUAAUGAUUAAUUACAAUUAAAGCUUUUGUUACAAUUUAAAAGUUUUAUUGAGCAU